CAGGCUUCAGGCUCAGAGUAGCCGCUCCUCCUCAGAGCCCCGCAGGCACUUCCUGCGGCCAUGCCCAGCCUGUACACCAACUCCAGCCGUGCGGGCCCUGCAGGGACCCGAGACGAGGAAGAGGACGAUGACUAUGAAAACUCAGCCCCACCCUACAAGGACCUUCCUCCUAAGCCCAGUUCCUUUGCCCCCCCACGGCCUCCAAGAAUAGGAAGCAGAAUAGAGACUCCGGCCCUGCCGUGCAAGCGCUCGCAGCUGACGGGCCUGGACCUCAGCCCAGCGCCCUGCUUGUCUCCUGAGCUGGGCGUGCAACUGGAGCUGUCUUCAUCCCAUCCACCCACGGCCACACCUGCAGUGUCCUGGCUCAGUCUGAAGCAUGGGGCACCCGCGUGCUGCCCGGAGAAGAGGCUGGUGUUGUCCGUGUGUCUGCUGGCGGCUUUGUCUCUGCUGCUGAGCUGUGCGGGCCUGACCGUGUCCCUGAUCCAGUACCACAAGAUAGCAGACAAACUGAGAAGUUUGACCUUGGAGCAGCUGGCAUGGCAGGCAAACGUGACCGGCGUGGCAGGGCUGGCAGGCCUGAGGAAUGACGUGGACCGUGUGAGAGCCGACACCAACCGGUCCCUGGUGGAACUUCAGGGUUUGUUAGACUGCACCCGGGUCACCUGCCCUGAAGGCUGGCUCCCCUUUGAAGGCAAGUGCUACUACUUCUCCCCAAACACCAAGACAUGGGACGGAGCCCUGGUGUUCUGCCAGGAGAACUUCGCUCACUUAGUCAUCAUCAAUAGCAAGGCCGAGCAGGAGUUUGUGUCCAAGGCUGAUGACUCCCCGCGGAUACACUGGCUGGGGCUGAGCGACAGGAAGCAAGAAGGGGAUUGGCGGUGGCUGGAUGGCUCGCCCCUCACCAUAAGCUUCUGGGACCUCGACGAGCCCAACAACAGCAACCAACGGGAGGACUGCGCCAGCAUGAACAGGGAUGGCUCCUGGAACGACCUCUCUUGCUUCAAAACCGCCUACUGGAUCUGUGAGCGCAAGUGCACCUGUUGAGCCCCGAGGCGGGUGCAGG